AUGGGAUGGUCAGUGCCGCCGCUUACCGGAAGGAAUCAGCCGUCGACGGCUUUGACGCGGCCAGAUCGGUACUGCAUUUGGUACAAGCAGAGACUCCUAGCGUAUUCGAGGAGGCCGUACAGGCUCCCUGAGUUCGAGCAUGUGAGGUCGUUUGACCAAGUGGACAGGUUUACUGAGAAUUACCGCCGCGAUGCCGAUAAAAUCAGAACUUCUCUGGAUGCAGCGCUCAAGGAAUCGCGUGGGCGUUACUACGGACCCUUCCGAUACCGCUACCGUCAGUACCCAAAACCAACGCAUUAUCCCCCCUGGUAUUUCAACCAGUCAGUCAUGGUUCAAAUCCCUACAGACCUCGAAAUCAAGGAGCCUCGUGGUCCUGAAGGGGUUAUAUACGCGCACGAAGUCUACCAAGCUCCCCCUGACCUUCGCGAGCAGAUGACAAUGCACAUCCCGAAUCGGCCAAAAAAUCAUGAAACGAUGAACACCCUGGUGGAGGUACUGCAGCAAUCGACAACGUAA